AUGGAUGCUGCCUUCAUUUGGAAGCUUUCCAAGCUUGGUCAGAUUGGUUCAUCUCGACAACGCUACGACGACGAUUUCUCCGAUCGACUUAACUACCAGUACACUAGCGUGCUUUUUUUUCUCUUUAUCGGACUCAUUGGCAUUCGACAGUAUGUUGUCAAUCGGGACGUCAACUUAUCCAACAUGAGCUCAGAUCUGCUUAACAAUGCCAUUUCAACUGUGAUCCAAGCCAACCUAUUCCGUCUCAAAUAA